AUGCAAAUGCAAGGUAUGCAUCAUUUUGGAAACCAAAGAGGUUAUGGUGGGCCACCUCAGCCACAGAGACAGGGCCGGCGUGGAAAUAAUAGAGGAGGAUUCCGUAAUUCAAGAUUUGACCAAAACCAGCGAAAUCCCAAUCAUGGCCAAGGAGGUCAACGUCCCAACAAUGAGCCAAAACCAGUUCAGCCACUGGAUAAACCUCAGCAGCAGCAAAAUCAACAACAAAACAUUAAACCUUUGCUACAACCCCAGCAACAACCGAAGCCUGAGGUUCAGAGUGGACCCCAGCAGGGCCAGCAACAAAAACAGCAGUCUGCACAACAGCAGACUCCACAACAACAGCAACAAAAGCCACAGCAGCCACAGCAGCAACAGCAGCAACAACCGAAGCCACAACCUCAGCAACAACAACCACAGCAGCAACCUCAGAAACCUCAACCCCAACAACAGAAGCCUUUACAGCAACAACAGAAGCCUUUACAGCAACAACAGAAGCCUUUACAGCAGCAGCAGAAGCCACAGCAGCAGCAACAACCAAAACCUGCUACUGUUCAAGCUAAUACUGAAGAUCAAGUUGAUAAGUCAGUUAGUGUAGAGGAUAAGAGUCAAAAUCAGCAAUAUAACCAAAACCAGCAAUAUAAUCAAAAUCAACCAUUUAAUCAGAAUCAGCAAAGGAAUAUAAAUGGAAGCUUUGGAGGCAACAAACAGAGUGGAUCAUGGAGUCAAGGAGGCCCUGGUAACAAAUCAGGUAACAACUUUAACCAAGGAAAUAAGCCAUUUGGACCUAAAUCUGGAGGGCCAGGGGGUCCAGCAAGAAACCAACAGCGCUCUAUUAACAUGCGUGGUCCGCAGCAAGAUGGGGGAAAACCUGUCCAGAGAGAGGAACAGAUGCUAGCAAAUAAACUGAAAGAUUUGAUGGGGCCUCUAAUAGAUUUGCCUCCAAUUGAUCAGUCGGAAGUAAAGUUUAAUGGAAGAAGCCGCUUAUACAUUGGUAAUCUUACAAGUGAUGUAACUGAGGAAGAGAUCCUAAGCCUGUUUGCUCCAUUUGGUGAAACAGCAGAAUUAUUUGUUAACAAAGAGAAAAAUUUCGGAUUUAUUAAGAUGGACUAUAGAGUUAAUGCAGAAAGGGCAAAGAGAGAUUUAGAUGGAAAAAUGAGAAAUGGAAGAACAUUGAGAGUAAGAUUUGCACCACACAAUAGUGCUGUUCGUGUGAAGAAUUUGCCACCAUUUGUUUCAAAUGAGCUCUUGUACCGUGCUUUUGAGAUUUUCGGCAAAAUUGAGAGAGCUUAUGUGAAGGUCGAUGACAGGGGAAAAACUCUAGGAGAAGGGGUUGUAGAAUUUGCACGCAAACCUAGUGCAUUGGCUGCAAUCCGUAACUGUACUGAGAAAUGUUUCUUCCUGACAUCGUCACUUCGACCAGUUAUUGUAGAGAGUUUUGAAGAACCAGAUGAGUUCGAUGGCUAUCCUGAGAAGAAUUUGCCUAAAAAGCACCCUGAGUUUCUUCGUGCAAGGGAACUUGGCCCACGAUUUUCAGAAUUGAGCAGUUUUGAACAUGAGUAUGGCACCAGGUGGAAACAGCUACAUGAACUUCACAGGCAAAAGGAGGAGGCUCUCAAGAAGGAGCUCUCAGCAGAGGAAGAAAAAUUGGAAGCACAAAUGGAAUAUGCUAAGUAUGAGCAUGAAACAGAGUUACUUCGUGAGCAGUUGCGCCAGCGUGAGCAAGACCGUGAACGUCAGAAGCGUAGCUGGGAGAUGGCCGAGCGCGCUGCUGACGAGCGACGAGAAACUGAGCGCCAACAGCUGUUACGCCAAGAGGAGGAAUUGUCGCAGCGUAUGCGCCACCAGGAUGAUGAACUAAGGCGCCGUCAACAGGAAAAUACGCUUUUCGUGCAGGCACAACACUUGAGUUCAAUGCUGGACCGUCAAGAACAGGGCAUGUUUGACCAGCAGCAGCCUAUGGAUGGAGGCUACAGAGACCAGUACGACAUGCCACGUGGAGGUUAUGACAACAUGCCGCAGAACCGCGGUUGGGACGGACCGCGCCAAAUGGAUGAUUUCCCUAACAAACGCCGUCGAUACUAA